AUGCCCUUCGCCAAGAGGAUCGUGAAGCCCCAGAGGCUGUGCCGGCGGCAGCAUAUUGCCUCGGUGCUAGACGAGAACUCCGGCGUCGAGCUUCCUCAGCCGGGAAGCUACCGAGAAGAACCCGGGGAGGCGAUGGACGAGCCGGAGGAAGAGGUUCCGGCUGGGCUGGCUGCCGCGCUGACCGCCGAAGGGAAGGAGAACCAGGAGGCGGCAGCGCUGAUGCUUUUGGAUCUGUGCUCAGUCAGCAAUGUUGCUCUCUCGCGGAUCCUCCGGCAGCUCUCCGAUGUGGCCAAGCACGCCUGCACCCUCUUCCAAGAAAUCGAGAGCGAGAUCCAGCUCACUCACCGCAGGGUCCAGGCGCUGCACAGCCGGAUUGGCGGCGUCCAAAGCAUUUUACACAGUUUGGAUCCGAAGCAGGAGGCAGUGUCUGUCUCAAACCUGGAUGCAGAAAGCAAACUGAAUGUGUAUUAUCAUGCCCCUUGGCAUCAGGAGAGAAACAUUUUUCUUCCUUCCACCAGACCAGCAUGUGUAGAGGAACUGCAUCGCCAUGCCAAGCAGAAUUUGAGAGCCUUGAGGAGGGAGCACCGAAAUCAGGGUAAUAACCGAGAACAAAAAACUGUGAGCCACACUGUGGUAGCUCCCCCAUUUCCGUCUUUUCCUGUGAUCCACACUAAGAAGAAAAAAGAGACUAAGGACCAUCACUUGCUAAAAUUUUAUAGAACCCGCUCGUCUUCCCCUACUGAGUGUUGCCACAUGACCCCAUGGAGUAAAAAGUCCCACCACCCUUCUGAAGAAGAAGAUACAGAUGUCAUGUCAGGGCAGAGGCUGAAAAAUCCAGUAAAUAAUAUACCUUCUACACUGGAUAAACAAACAAAUUGGAGCAAAGCACUACCUCUCCCAACUCCAGAGGAGAAAAUGAAACAGGAUGCCCAAGUGAUUUCUUCUUGUAUUAUCCCCAUCAAUGUCACUGGAGUUGGUUUUGACCGAGAAGCUAGUAUACGCUGCUCCCUUGUUCACUCCCAAUCCGUACUGCAGCGAAGACGGAAACUGAGAAGGAGAAAAACCAUAUCUGGCAUCCCCAGAAGAGUCCAACAAGAAAUAGAUUCUGAUGAAUCACCAGUAGCAAGAGAACGGAAUGUCAUUGUGCAUGCAAAUCCAGACUUCUCUAAUAACAUCAACAGGAGAUCAGCUACCCGAGACUCUGAGUGCCAAACAGAAGAUAUUCUCAUUGCUGCCCCAUCCCGCAGAAGAAUACGAGCUCAGAGGGGUCAAAGCGCAGUAGCUUCACUGUCUCAUUCAGCUGGCAACAUAUUGGUGCUGACAGAUAAUGGUGACUCUAUGUUUACAUUAAUGAGCAAUCGUGUUCGAUCCAGGAGUCUUCCUCGUGAAGGUGCUAGAGCCAAUGAAAAAGACCACAACAAUGGUGCCGAAAUUUCAGCAUAUGAGGCAGAACACUUUUUAACAAAUCAAGAACGAAUCUCCAUAAAGAGUAAGGAUGCCAUUAAUAACCAUUGUUCACAGGAACACCAUCCCAGGGGCUUAGCUUGUUCCCAGCAUUUUCAUAGUCCAGAUCAUAACUCAAAUGAAAGAGGGAGGUCAAGGUUAUCAAGGAUGGUAGAUUCUGGAAGUUGUGAUAUUUCUUCAAACUCUGAUACUUUUGGAAGUCCAAUUCACUCUAUCUCCACAGCAGGGGUUCUUCUCAGCAGUCACAUGGACCAGAAAGAUGAUCAUCAAUCAUCUAGUGGAAACUGGAGUGGAAGUAGCUCAACAUGUCCUUCCCAAACAUCUGAAACAAUUCCUCCUGCUGCUUCACCUCCACUGACAGGUUCUUCACACUGCGAUUCAGAAUUAUCACUGAACAUUGCCCCUAAUGCUAAUGAAGAUUCAAGUAUUUUCAUAACUGAACACUAUGGUGGACAUAAAAUUAGAGGUCACAGGACAAGUUCUUUCACUUCUGAUCUGCUAGAUGACCCUAAUAAUAGCAACACAAGUGAUAGUGAGUGGAAUUAUUUGCAUCAUCAUCAUGAUGCAUCCUGCCAUCAAGAUUUCAGCCCUGAACAUCCCAAGACUGAUAGCCUGGGCUGCCCAAGUUUUGCAAGCAUGGCCACUUAUGACAGUUUUGUAGAGAGGACUCCAUUGGACAAAGCAGAGACUAGCUCACAUUUUUCAGUUGAUACUGAAGGCUACUAUACGUCCAUGCACUUCGACUGUGGACUCAAAGGAAAUAAAAGUUAUGUUUGUAACUAUGCAGCUGUGGGCUUGGAAAAUGGUCAGAAUACAAGUUUUGCUUCCAAUCUCACUCACUGUAAUUGGCAAGAUUAUAUGGAUCAUAGGAAGCAAGGAAAAGCAAGCAUCUCUCUAAAGAAACCAAAGAUGAAGCCAGCCCCACCAAAACGCAGCUCAUCUUUAAGGAAAUUUGACAGUAGAACCGAUAUUUCAGAGAAGAAAGAACCAAAGAUAACUAGUGGGCAGCAACAUAUGCCUCAUACUUCCAGGGAAAUGAAGCUGCCCCUCGAGUUUGCAAACACACCUUCAAGGGUAGAAAGUACUAGCCUGCCAAGUAAACUGAAACAGUCCUGGGAUAAUCAGGAUGAGAAUGACAUAAAGGGCCUCCCAUUUGAUUCCAUGGACAUUGCAUCAUUUAAAGAUGAAGAUGCUGAACAAUCUCACUAUGCAGAUCUCUGGCUUCUAAAUGACUUGAAAUCUAAUGAUCCCUAUAGAUCAUUAUCUAACUCAAGCACUGCUACGGGUACAACGGUCAUAGAAUGCAUAAAGUCACCAGAAAGUUCUGAAUCUCAAACAUCACAGUCUGGCUCAAGAGCCACCACUCCUUCUCUUCCCUCUGUUGAGAAUGAGUUUAAGUUGGCAUCCCCAGAAAAACUGGCUGGUUUAGCUUCUCCUUCGAGUGGUUACUCCAGUCAGUCAGAAACUCCGACAUCAUCAUUUCCAGCAGCAUUUUUUUCUGGUCCCCUAUCCCCUGGAGGGAGUAAAAGAAAGCCAAAAGUACCAGAAAGGAAAUCCUCAUUACAACAAUCUUCUUCUAAAGAUGGCAACAUAUUUUUAAACAAAGACUUAGAACUUCCAAUUAUACCUCCUACUCAUCUUGACCUAAGUGCUCUUCAUAAUGUUUUGAUUAAACCAUAUGCUCACAGACCCCAGCUGCAUGCUUUUAAUAAUAAUAAAUCAAAUAUGGUAGAAGAAGCACUGAAUUCUAAUUCUUCACCAGCUCUUGCUAUUACACCUUCAGUGCUAAAGUCAGUACAUCUUCGAUCAAUUAAUAAGCCUGAAGAAAGGAAACAGAAAGACAAUCCAGAUUUUCUACCCAUUCAAGAAUAUAGUUUGGUAACUGCUAUUUCUUCAUGCAAAAUGAAACCACGUGUAAGUAAGAAACAAGUGUCACAUCAGUUCUUCAUGGAAGAUGCCAUUGUGUCCUAUAUCAAUCCCUCCCCAGUACAGAUAAGCCCAGAACAACUACUAGGAGAAGAUAAUUUAACCUUUAGUGAAAGAAAUACGUGUCAAGAGAAUCUAACUUCAUUAGUAGAGAGUGUUUUAGCAGCUAAGAGUAUACCAGAUCAAAUACAAUCAGUACAUGGGAUUUUGCUAGAGUGUACAACUAAUAAAGCUUGCAGGGUUUCUGAUGAACAAUUUCCACAAGGCACAACAGUUUUUCCAAGCAAUCUUGAAGGCAAAAUUACUUGUGGAUCAGAACAGAAUAAGAGUUUUGACCCUGUGCAGUCUCUGUAUGAAUUACCUGCACACUGUGAACAAAAGUUGAAAUAUGAACCACUAUGUGAAGAUAUUCCUUGGUCUGACUCCUUAACUUGGGGAGCAGAUACUUGUUAUCAGCUGAAGCAUCAGUUUAAUAUAAACCAACUUGAUGACAAAGUGCCUGAGAAUAUCAGUUAUGAAUCAGAGAUCUCAAAUAUAGAUUCACUCAGUGAAAAAUGCUCUGAAAAUGAUAUCAUGUCAGGUAUUCCAACCAAAAGUGCCUCAGAUGACAGUGAUAGCAGAGCAGCUGAGACACAAGGAACUACAGAAGAUGAUACCUUAAAAGAAUCUUUUGUGAGUGAUGAUUCUAUAAUCUCACCCAUAAAUGAGGAUUCUCAAACUGAAGUAGAAGAGUUUUUGGUGUCUCCAAAUAAACCACGAACAACAGAGGAUCUGUUUGCAGUAAUUCACAGGUCAAAAAGGAAAGUGCUCGGAAGAAAGGAUUCUGGAGACCUUUCUUCAAGGAACAGACUGAAAGCUUCACCUAGUAAUAAUAGUGUGUCUUCUGUCAGUAGCACCUCACCUACAACUAGUAUCCCCCUUAUUCCUACCAGUGUGGGAAAUUCACCUUGCAGCCAGAGGUCUCCUGGACUUAUUUAUCGGAAUGCCAAAAAGUCCAGCACAUCGAAUGAGGAAUUUAAACUACUGCUCUUGAAAAAAGGUAGUCGGUCUGAUUCUAGCUACAGGAUGUCAGCCACUGAGAUAUUAAAGAGUCCUGUUUGUCCCAAAUCUCCUGGAGAACUAAUUAGAGAUACUUUUCAAACUGCAGAUGAACCCUUCCAAGCCUCAUCAAGCGCCGAGGCAUUAGCUCCUCUCUCUCCUUCUCCCCCAAGGAUACACGCAGAAGGGUUUUCUUCCAAAAGUUUUCUCACAUCAGCAUCUUCACGUGUAGGACGAUCACGAGCACCUCCAGUUGCAAGCAGUAGCCGAUACAGUGUUCGCUGCAGAUUAUAUAACACCCCAAUGCAAGUUAUUUCAGAAGGAGAGACAGAAAAUUCAGAUGGGAGCCCACACGAUGAUCGAUCUUCUCAAAGCUCAACAUAAGUUGCCUAAGGGUCUCAGCACAAUUCUGACUGUUAAGUGGGGAACUCUGCAUUUGCUAAGCUUUGCAUUUGCUAAGCUAAAAAGCAUAUUCUGUAGCAGUCAAAUACCUUUCAAGGCAAUAUGCGAUGCUUGAAAAUGUUAAAGAUUGCUAAAAGAUGGGAUUAAAUAAUCUGUACGUAUUUAUUAUGUCCCAUUUCCUAUGACUAGAAAUACAUGGUCAACCUUUAAUUUUCUUUUUCCCCCAUCCCUCUCUCUCUUCUUUCCACCCUCAGUGUAAAUUUAUCCAGUUUUUUAUAGUCCUU